ACACCACCAUUUCUAUUUCCUUUCAGCAAAUUUUCAAAUUUCCGAUCACCGUUAUCCUCUCAAUCUCUCUGAAAAUGCUUGCAUUCAAGCCUGAAGAUCAGUUACAGCUCGUUGAAAGAGAAGAUAUCGACGAUGAAGAAGACUUGUUUGAAGCUAUUGAUAAGCUGAUCACUCAUGGAAUCAAUGCUGGGGACGUGAAGAAGCUGCAAGACGCUGGUAUCUACACGUGCAAUGGCUUGAUGAUGCACACAAAGAAGAACUUGACUGGGAUCAAAGGGUUAUCCGAGGCAAAAGUUGAAAAGAUCUGUGAAGCAGCUGAGAAGAUAGUGAACUUCGGCUACAUUACUGGGAGUGAGGCUCUGCUCAAAAGGAAGGCAGUAGUUCGCAUCACAACUGGAAGCCAGGCAUUGGAUGAACUCUUAGGAGGAGGAAUAGAAACUUCAGCAAUAACUGAAGCUUUUGGGGAAUUUCGAUCUGGAAAGACACAACUUGCUCAUACUCUCUGUGUCUCUACUCAGCUUCCUACUAGUAUGAAAGGAGGGAAUGGAAAGGUGGCUUACAUUGACACUGAGGGAACAUUUCGGCCAGAUCGUGUUGUGCCCAUUGCUGAAAGAUUUGGAAUGGACGCUGGAGCAGUUCUUGACAAUAUCAUUUAUGCUCGUGCAUACACAUAUGAACAUCAAUACAACCUGCUUCUUGGUCUGGCUGCAAAAAUGGCUGAAGAGCCUUUCAGACUUCUGAUUGUUGAUUCUGUGAUUGCUUUAUUUCGAGUGGAUUUCACUGGAAGAGGAGAGCUUGCAGACCGUCAGCAAAAGUUGGCUCAGAUGCUGUCCCGAUUGAUAAAGAUAGCUGAGGAAUUUAAUGUUGCUGUUUACAUGACCAAUCAAGUUAUAGCUGAUCCAGGCGGUGGUGUGUUCAUAUCAGAUCCAAAGAAACCAGCAGGAGGUCAUGUCCUUGCUCACGCAGCCACCAUAAGACUAAUGUUCAGGAAGGGCAAAGGAGAACAGCGUGUCUGCAAGGUGUUCGAUGCACCAAAUCUUCCAGAGUCUGAAGCGAUAUCCUUUUCUUGUUAUGAAAAACACGUUUUCCAGAUAACAGCAGGAGGAAUUGCUGAUGCUAAAGACUGA